AUGUUUAAUGUUUUUUCAGCAGCUUUUCUAGAUAACACAAAUAAUCUUAAAAAUAUUAACAAACCUAUUAAUAAUAAUUUAAAUAAAAAUAAUACUUUAACAAGAUCUAUUUCUGCAAAUGCAAGUAAUGAAAAUGACAGAACAAAAAACUUAGCAUUGAAAGACAGAUUGGCUACAGUAAGAAAUGUACAAAAUAUAUUAAAUAAAAAAAAUAUAAAUAAAACGGACACUAAUGAAGAUAAAAACAGUAGUAGCAUUAAUUUAAAAAAUAAUAUAGGAAGCGAGGCAAAUAAGCUUCUAUCAACUAAUGAAAAUAACUUGAAUAAAUUUAAAAACUAUUCAAGCGUUGUAAAUGAAAAGCAAAAUGAAGAGCUAGAAAAAAAAUUAAAAAAAAGAAAGAGAAGAAAAAAGCAUGAAAUUUUAAUGGAACGAAUGAAACAAAAAGAACAAGAAAAAAAAAAACAAAAGGAAAAUGAAGAAGAACAAAACAAUUAUGAAGAAGAAGAAUAUGAUGAAGAAGAAGGGGGUGAUGAAGAAAAUGAUGAUGAUAACAAUAACAGAUCUCAAAAAUAUAAUAGGCAAUCAAAAAAUAAAUACGAACAAAAAUUACAAGAAGAAGAGGAAGAACAUGAAGAGGAUGAUGAAGAUGAAGAAGAAGAGACAUAUAAUAAAAAUUAUAGUAAUAAUAAUAAAAAUAAGCAUGAGGAAAAAAGUUUUAAUAAACAAUUUUAUAAUGCUACUACUACUACCACUACUAAUAAUAAUAAUAAUACAAAUAUAAAUAAUGAACCAGGAAUAAAACCAAAAAGAAAAAGAAGAAAAAAAAAAGAGAUGGAAGAGUAUAGAGCACGGCUAUUAAAAGAAAAAAUGCAACAGCAAAAUUCAUUAAAUAAUAUUAUAACGAAAACAAAUAGUUUUAAUAAUAAAAAUGAAAACAAUACACAAGAAGAAAUUAAAGUGAAAAGAAGAAGAGGAAGACCUAAAGCAAGUGAAGUAGCGGCUAUGAACAAUAUGAAUGAUAAGCUAAAACAAAAUGACAUAAGAAAAUAUUAUAGUAGAAAUAGCGAUAAUCAAAUAACAAGAAAAUGGAGUAUAAAUGAAAAAAAUAAAGGAGAAUAUGAAGAAGAAAAUAAAAGUGUUUUUAAAAUAAUUAAAACUUCUAUUCAAGAAAAUACUUCAUUUAUGAAAAAAUCACCAAAUGAAAUUAUACAGUUAGAAAAAAACUUUAAAAAUAAUAUAAAAAAUGGUGUCACAUGUAUACCUUUAAACUACCAAAGUAAAGGAGGAGGAAUGGCAAUUAUUUUAAUUGAUACUGAAACUACAUAUGGUCCUGUAAAAAAUUCUUAUGGAUUUAUGACUUUUCUUGUUUUAGAUUGCCAUUCAAAUAAUUUUUUUAUUGAUACAGGAAUAAAAAACAAUGUUAUUGAAUGUGAAAAGCAUAUGCAAUUGUUAAUUAGCCCAGGUGAUAUAUAUAUGUUUAAAAAUCAGAGUCAAGAAAUUGAAGCUAGAUUAUUAUUAAUUGUAUGUAAUAAAAUGAAACAACCGUUUGAUGCAAAAUUGCACAUAAAAGAUCCUGAAUAUAAUGAUAAAUAA